AGUCAAGUUCUUCCGGGGUCGUGACCUCAGGUCACUGGAGGUCUCUCAUUCUGAAGAUGGCGGCUUCGGCAGCGAGGAGAGCGGUCGCACUGCGUACGAAUAUCCGCCGGCCGGUUGCGUUUGUCAGAAAAAUUCCAUGGACCGCGGCCUCGAGUGAACUGAGAGAACACUUUUCACAAUUUGGCCAUGUACGGAAGUGCACUGUUCCUUUUGACAAAGAGACUGGCUUUCACAGAGGUAUGGGUUGGGUUCAAUUUUCUUCAGAAGAAGAACUUCACAAUGCACUACAACAGGAAAAUCACGUUAUUGAUGGAGUAAAGCUCCAUGUUCAAGCUCAAAAACCCAAAGCUUUGCAAGGGGACCAAACAUCUGAUGAAGAGAGAGAUUUUUGAGAACAUCACUGCCUAUUAAAUAAAGUAAACAAAACUGGAAA